ACUUCCGGCUCCGAGUUGACAUGAAGAAGCAGCGGCAGCUAGGGCGGCGGUAGCGGUGGGAGUCGAGGCUUGCAGCGGGACUCCCGGCUGAGAGCGCGACGCGGCCUAGAGCGGCAGACGGCGCAGUGGGCGGAGGAGGAGGCGCAGCAGCCGCCCUGGCCCGUCAUGGAGAUGGAAAAGGAGUUCGAGCAGAUCGACAAGGCCGGGAGCUGGGCAGCCAUUUACCAGGAUAUCCGACACGAAGCCAGUGACUUCCCAUGUAGAGUGGCCAAGCUUCCCAAGAACAAAAACCGAAACAGGUACAGAGAUGUCAGUCCCUUUGACCACAGUCGGAUUAAACUACAUCAAGAAGAUAAUGACUAUAUCAAUGCUAGUUUGAUAAAAAUGGAAGAAGCCCAAAGAAGUUACAUUCUUACCCAGGGCCCUUUGCCGAACACGUGUGGUCACUUUUGGGAGAUGGUGUGGGAGCAGAAGAGCAGGGGCGUGGUCAUGCUCAACAGAGUGAUGGAGAAAGGGUCGUUAAAAUGUGCACAGUACUGGCCACAAAAAGAAGAAAAAGAAAUGAUCUUUGAAGAUACAAAUUUGAAAUUAACAUUGAUCUCUGAAGAUAUUAAGUCAUAUUAUACAGUACGACAACUAGAAUUGGAAAACCUUACAUCUAAAGAAACUCGAGAGAUCUUACAUUUCCACUAUACCACGUGGCCUGACUUUGGAGUCCCCGAAUCGCCAGCCUCAUUCCUGAACUUUCUUUUCAAAGUCCGUGAGUCAGGGUCACUCAGCCAGGAGCACGGCCCCAUCGUCGUGCACUGCAGCGCCGGCAUCGGCAGGUCGGGGACCUUCUGUCUGGCCGACACCUGUCUCUUGCUGAUGGACAAAAGGAAAGACCCUUCUUCUGUUGAUAUCAAGAAAGUUCUGUUAGAAAUGAGGAAAUUUCGGAUGGGGCUGAUCCAGACAGCAGACCAGCUCCGUUUCUCCUACCUAGCUGUGAUUGAAGGUGCCAAAUUCAUCAUGGGAGACUCUUCAGUGCAGGAGCAGUGGAAGGAGCUCUCCCACGAGGACCUGGAGCCCCCACCUGAGCAUGUCCCCCCACCUCCCCGACCACCCAAACGAAUCCUGGAGCCACACAAUGGGAAAUGCAAGGAAUUCUUCCCAAACCACCAGUGGGUAAAGGAUGAGUCUGAGGAGGAUAAAGACGACGGCCCCAUCCAGGAGGAAACCAGAACACCCUUAAGUGUCCCCUGCAGUGUGGAAAGCACGAGUCCAGACACUGAAGUCAGAAGGCGGGUUGUGGGGGCAAGUCCUUCCCAGGGGGAGUCGUCGUCACCCAAGGAGGAGCAGGACGAGGCGCUGACGCACUGGAAGCCCUUGCUGAUGAACAUGUUCAUGGCCACAGUCUUCACGGCUGGCGCGUACCUGUGCUACAGGGUGUGUUUCCACUGACCGACGUGCCGGCAAGAGCACGUGUGCAGAGAGCACCGGCCGCGCCUGGCGUGAGCACCCAGUGCUGUGGAAGGAUCUGAGCCAGUCUCAGAAGAAACCCAUCAAAGGUCUUUAAAGUCUGGAACUGUGAAGGGCUAAUGAGAGAAUUGAGGAUUGAUGCACUGGGGUUUUAAGGAGCCCUGUGGUCCCAAGAAUACAAGAGUCUAAUCUCAGGGCCUUAACCUAUUCAGGAGUAAGUAGAGAAAAUGCCAAAUACAUCUCUCUCUCUCUCUCUUUCUUUUUUUUCUUUUUCUUUUUCCUUUUUGUGUUCAUUUGUUUUUGGAAGAAAAAAAAGAAUUACAACACAUUGUUGUUUUUAACCUUUAUAAAAAGCAGCUUUUUGUUAUUUCUGGGGGAAAAAAAGACCAGGCACUUAUGAAACUUUCUUGUACCCUUACGUGGUGUGGCCUGAUACACAGUUUCUAUUUGAUUUCCCAGGGAAAGACUCCCACACUUUGAGGAACAGAAAAGUCCUCUGAAGAAGAGGGUUUAGGGUGUAGGGCACUGUCUGGCUCAGUCACUUCCUUUGCUGUGUACGCACUGAGCUUGCGCAGCACCUGCCAGCUUUUCCAUUUGAAGAAGAAAAAUAACAAAAGGCCAUCUCUAGAAAACAAAACCCGGCUUGUGCUUUUGCUCAGGGUGCCCCCACUGGUUUCCCAUGGUUCAUGUCUUCAUCCAUCCACUCUUGUCAGCCAUCUCACUCCUGGCCCGCCCUCAUCACCCUGUCCCCCAAAACCGGCUUCCUCGAAGUCCCUGCCUCAGGGUCAGAGGUCACCACAGGGUGACCACCGGCUUCUCACCCUGCCAUUGAGAUCCAAGAGGAGCAGUUUCCACUUGAUUGGAAUAUAAAUGCCAUUUGAGCAGAAAUCCUCACGUGAGAAGUGUGUUGCUGUUUUAAGGAGAAAGAGGAUUAGCUACCAAACUCUGGUCAUGGAGAUCCCCUCACAAGACGUUUUUUAUCAUUUUAAAUAUUUCACCUCUUUUCAGGCGACCGUCCUUGAGUUCAUCAGAUGGUUUAGGAACCUGUAAACAGUCUUUUUCCUUGGGGGUGAUUUUUGGGAAGGGAUCUAUUGUAGAAAAAGAAAAUCAAAACCCCUUUCACUGGAGUGGCGGGGGGUUGGGGGUGGACGAGAUCGUGCGUGAGCCUGCGGCUCCAUGCGGUGGGUCUGGGCUCAUCUGAAAAUAUUUGGCUUCAUCCCAGUUCCUGUUCAAUAGCAGCACAGAAUCUGACUCACCUCCACCCCACUGCCCGCCUCUGCUCGUAGAGCCUGCACCCGACGAGCAGGCGGGCGGUGGUAGGUAAGGGCCCACGCACAGCAUAACUGGGCGUGACCCAGACGGCCGUUUGCUUGGCACUAGGCCACCCUCCCAGGGCUGUUGGUCUUACCUGUUCUUUUUCUGUUUUCCUCCUCUCCUUCAAGUACCAAAUCCACAACCCAUUUUUUGAGGAGAACAAAGGAAAGCACCGUGCUGGUGGGACAGAGGAAAGGUGGCCGGCGCUGGUGCGAGUCGAGAGGCUGGCCUGGCCCACGCACCCUCUUGGGGCGUCGCAGGCGGGCGACACAGCAUCCUCAUGGAGACUGCAUGUUGUGAGCCUCUCCACUCCAUAUUUAUUUUUUUUAUUUUUUCCCCGAAAGGUGUCCGUAGUGCACUAGCAUUUUCUUAAACCAAUAAUGUAUUAAAACUUUUCGUGUCAGCCUUGCAUCAAAGGCUUUCUCAAAAAGUACAAUAAUAAACCCUCAGGUAGUGCUGGGAACAUUGAUUUUGCCGUGAGUGAGCCUGCUGCGUCAGACCAGUACUAGGAAGGACGGUUGUAAGCGGUGGUUAUUUUGUGACACUGUGGGUAAUGUGAGAAGAGGUUUGGCAUAUGUUUAUAGAACAGUGGGAUAAUAUAUAAUGAACACUUGGAUAUUUAAGAUACAUGACGAGAGAUAUUUGUCCCCGUUACUCCCCUACCCGGUUAUCUCAGUCACCGCUUUCCCUGUGUGUAUUAGAAUGCAUGUCCCGUCUUCUUGUGUCCUGAUCCAAUACGACGUGCUUGAAAUACUUAGAUCUCUGCUUACUGAAGCGCCCCCGUGUGCAAGCCCGGUCUGCCUUUGCAUGAUCAGAUCAUUACGUGGCUGUGGUUCCUAAGACUGUUGCUGAUCUGAUCGCCGUUCAGCAAUGGAGGGAUGUUUUCCAGCAACAGAUACUUGCCUGAUUCCUGGCAUGACACUCUGGUGACUUCCUGGUGAGGCCCGGCCUGUCCUGAUCCAGCUGGGUCCCGCUGUAACUCAGACAUUCCAAGGGGAUGGGAAGCUGUGGUCACACCUCACGCUCUGGACGUUCAGGCAAGCAGGGCCCUCCCCCCGCCCCCGACACAUACCUUUGGGAUCAGCCUCCACUACCCCAAGUUCACACUCUUCUUGAGCAGGCCGUGAUUUGGAGCCAAGGCAACUGUUGGAAACCACACUUGAAGCCACCUGGAUGGCGACGGUCCCUUAGAAUCAGCUUGCUGCUGCCUCGUUUGGGAGGGCCUUGCUGAGAGCGGCGUGUCUGCCCCCGCCCGCCCUGGAACCCUGGGGACCGAUGGUGCUCACGACUCUUCCUGCGAGGGGAACUUAACGACCUCCACAUUAAGUGGCUUUUUUAACAAGAAAAAAACAAAAAAGGCAGCUGUAGCUCACGAGCUGCUCUUUUGCCAGCAUUUUCACAUUUUGCCUUUCACGUGUUAGAAGUCGGUGCAGAGAAAUCCUGUGGUGGGAACGUUAGAGGCAUCGCCCCGCAGAGCCUUGGUGAGGUGUGGGUAAGGCGGAAGUGCCAGACUGUAAGCAUUUUUGAGUUGGCUUGUUUGUUUGUUUUUGAAGUCCUGUAUAUGUAUGUAGUAGUUUGGGUGUGUAUAUAUAGUAGCAUUUCAAAAUGGAUAUACUGGUUUAACCUUGUAUCCUUGGAAAACAGAUGGCUCUCCAUCUUGUUACACAUGUUAGAGAAGUAGCGAGCUGCUCUACUAUAUGCCUUAAGCCAAUAUUUACUCAGCAGGUCAUUAUUUUUUACAAUGGCCAUGGAAUAAACCAUUUGUACAAAAAUAAAAACAAACAAAAAAACGAGGUGUUUUGGUAUAAUACCUUUUCAGGUGUGUGUAUACGUGGAUGCAUGACGGGGUGGGGUGGGGGGCGCGUCUCAGGGUCUUCUGUGACCUCACAGAACUGUCAAACUGUACAGUUUUCCAACUUGCCAUAUAAAUGAUAGGUUUGCCUUUUAGUUGCAACAAUAAAAUUUUUUUUUCUAAAAAACAUGGAUUUGGGGUGCUUCCCAUUUCUUUGCUUAACGGGCCUAAACCAGGAUGGGCAGCUCCUGUUCUUUCCGUCCCUGCUGAUGUGAAGCGCGUGUUGUCCAUCAAGCAGGGUUAUCAGUUUCCCACAUCUGAGGGUCUAAGGGCCUCCUGGAGUUGUGAGCGCCUCUGAGCCGGGGGCAUUCCCCUUCCUGGGGAGCGUAGUUAACACGUCAGGCCUCAGCCCGUUUCCUUCAAGAACAACAAAACCCACCUUUGGAACUUAUAGGGCCCUUGGAUAACUUAAACCCACACAAGCUGUUUGAAGAAGUGCUCAGGCCUCCAAAACGUGUCCUUAGCCAACUGC